GGUCGCGGCCUCCUGGCGAACGCGGUUACCGUGGAAACCGCGGCCAUGGCUGCACCGCGGCAAGUCCCCAGCCACACAGUGCCCCGUAAGCCCAGCUGCUCUACAAACUCGUCGUUCACCCGGACGCCUGUGCCCACCAUGUCUCUCGGUUCCCGCGAGCUGCCUGUCUCGCCGUGGCAGGUCGCCGAGCCGUCGAGCAAGAAUCUGUGGGAGCAGAUCUGCGACGAGUAUGAAGCUGAGCAGCCUCCCUUUCCAGAAGGAUAUAAAGUCAAACAGGAAUCUGUGAUUACUGUUGCGCCAGUAGAGGAAAUGCUUUUUCAUGGCUUCAGUGCAGAGCACUAUUUUCCGGUUUCCCAUUUCACCAUGAUCUCACAUACACCCUGUCCUCAAGAUAAAUCAGAAACAGUCAACCCAAAAACAUGUUCUCCCAAAGAAUAUUUGGAAACUUUCAUCUUUCCUGUUCUGCUUCCCGGAAUGGCUAGCCUGCUUCACCAAGCAAAGAAAGAAAAGUGUUUUGAGAGGAAAAGAACCAAAUUCAUUGCCUGUGAUUUUCUGACCGAGUGGUUAUACAACCAAAAUCCAAAGAGGGCAGGGGAGCCAUUCACAGAAUUUUUCUCCAUUCCAUUUGUGGAGGAGUGGCUAAAGCAACACCCACGGCCGCCAAUCCCACUCUCCCUCCUGCUGACAGAAGAGGAAGCGGCCCUCUACAUUCAAUCCUUCUGGAGAGCCUAUUUGGUUCGCUCUGAUCCUGAGAUUCAAGAACUGCGUCAGUGGCAGAAGAAACUGCGCGAGGCCAAGCACAUUCACCAGCGAGUCAAAAUUUUCUGGGCCAAGCAAGAACAAAAAGUGAAAUGCAAAAUGGAGGACGAUGUGGUACCUGCAGGCAAAAUGAAAAUUCCAUCAUCUUAACCACAGCUAAGAGGUAUCUUUGCCCAUUCGAGCACAAGUUACCUUGUGCAAGGAAAAUGUCCAAAGUAUGCUUUCUCUCGUGAUUUCUUUAACAAGACUUGGAACAUAUGAAAACGGAAUCUUUUCUGUACAAGAUAGGAUUCAUUGCAAACAAGCUUUAGUGCAAGUAGUUUAGAAAAGAAAGGACCAGUCUUCACUUUCUGCAUUAUCCUCACAUUUUAUUCAUUCAUCCAGAUUAUUUCUUCAGUGCCUCAGGAGUAUCCUUCUACACCAGCUGCUGUUAAAAUGUACAAUGAGCUCUAGUCCCAAGGGAUACAGAAGUGCUCUUAUUACCAGUUUUCCCACUGUUGGCCGCUUUUGCAAAGAUCCGUAUUCUAAUUUAAGUCUCCAACCUCUGAAUUUGGUUUUAAGUUUACCUAGUGACUGACUACUCUUUUUAUAACAAAAGACCUUAUACUUACGAUCAUUUCCAAAGGAGACCACCCCUUAACUUUUACUGCAAACCCAACAAGAUGAGACACUUAAACCCAGACAGAUGUAACAAAGGAUUUCUGUUGUCUAAGUCCCAAAGUAUUAUAUAGAAAGUUUCUGCUUUUAUGGGUAAAUAAGCUUAUUAUCUUAAUUUGUUCUGCGGUUUGCCAUUAACCAAGAUUCUCCCAUUUAAAAUGCCACAGACUGAGCCUCAGGGCAGAUCCGAAAGCCUAGUAGUUGCACUGAGUUGUUUUCACAAGCUACCACACGUCUUAAGUAAAUAGUAAAGCCUUUAUUUUUGUGUUAAGAACAGCAUUUUCAAAAUAAAACCUAUCUGCCCAUGCUUUA